AUGGCGAAACCAGCGGCAGCGGCGACGGCGACUUCUUCCCUUGCGCAAACUCUCAGGCGUUACGUCAAGAAGCCAUGGGAGAUAACCGGACCUUGCGCUCACCCGGAGUACCUCGAAUCCGUUCCGAAGGCGACGGAGUAUCGGAUCCGAUGCCCCGCCACGAUCGAUCAAGAGGCGAUCGUGCCGACCUCGGAUCCCGAGACGGUGUACAACAUCGUGUACCACGGUAGAGAUCAGCGGAGAAACCGUCCGCCGAUAAGGCGUUAUCUGCUGAAGAAGGAGGACGUGGCGGAGAUGAUGAGUGAGAAGAAGACGUUCGAGGAGACGGACUUCCCUACGGUUUACUCGACGAUCACCGUUGAGGAGGAUGAGAACGCUCGUGGCGGAGGCUACGAGAGUAACAUUGAGUUUAUGUUUGUGAGGUUUAUGUUUGUUCUGAUUCACUGAGUAUUGUAGAAUGAGUUUGGAUGUUAUGAAAGUUAUGGUCUUUUGAGGUGUAUAGAUCUUAAUGGCAUUGGAACCUUGAUUUCGAUAUGUUGUUAUAAAAGUUUCUUAAUUGGCGGCGAA